AUCUCUCCGGGCUUUUAUGGGUUGGAUUAUGUCACUAUGAUACAGAUUGAUGGGCCUGAUCGAAGAAGCCCAAUGAAAAACCCGUGUAUUAACACAGCAGAAGAAUCGUCAUUUCUUCCAGAUCUUCAUACAUUUUGUUCAAUUCACAAAAUCUGAAAUUUUUGCUCAAACAUUGAAUUCUGGAUUUCUGUUAUUUCUAUGAUUUUGAAGAUUUUUGUGUAAAUUGUUGUUAGGAUCCCCAAAAUUGAAAUGGUUUUGUGCUACCCGUCAUCUCCUUCAAAGUUUGCUGCUACAUUGGCGUGUUUUUUUGGUGGUGUUGCUCUGUUUGCUUUUGGUGUACAUCAUUCUUAUAUCAAUAUUGCUCCUCAACAAGCUCGAACUAAAGCUCGGAAUGACUUUGUCAAGGAUCGAUUGAGAAAGAAAUAUGGCAAAUAAUUCAUGCUGGUCUGUUGUAUGCUCACACAUCACGCGAUGAAGGAUAAAUUUUGAAAGCAUAUGAUUAACUAUGUGAUACCAUAAGCUUGAUUUUUACGGAUGAGCUAAGAUCAUGAAGAACUUCUCGUGUUGGUUGUAAUGUAGGCUAUCAAAUAGAUAGAAUUAUGUGGUCUAGUGUGAUGUGAUUCCAGUGGCGCAAAAAAGAAAAUCCCUUCACCACAAACUCCCCACUGAAGGAAUAUUGAUUGUAUUGAAGUGUUAACCUAAUAAGGGAAUACAUGGGAGAUAUAUAUAGGAGAUAUAGGAAGGAGUACUAAUCCUAAUAGGACUAGGAUUAAGG